AUUCAAUCAGAUAAGCAAUCGGGUGUUUCAUCUGAUUGAUAAUCGAGGUUAUUGAGGAACAAACGAUGCAAAACGAAAACUGACCCCUGAUCGUCACGAACCUAGCGGCUAAUUCGCCUCUGUGGUCUACAACGUAAUUCAAUUAAUUGCCGCAGCACUGCGACAGUUGCAGAUGCCAUUGUACGUUAAACGAUUUAUGUUGAGAGCUCAUGGAUAAAAGGUACGAUAAACAGUGUAGAUCACGAUAUCAGGGGCCAGUUUUUAUGUCGCGAACAUUUUUAUAAAUGAUAUUAACCAAAUUAUAAAACCCCUGACAAAUUUAUUUUGUCAUGAAUUAUGAUAACUUGUGAUAAAUAGAUAUUGACGUUCCUAUAAAAUCCAUGUUAUCAAAAUCGCUAAAUAAUGUUAGUUUUUGUUGCCGCGUUAUUGCGUCUUGACUUUAAGUUAGUUUAGUUUCUAAUUAACAUUUAAAACAUUGUGACAAUUAUUAAAUCUCGAAAUGGCGGGCAGACAAAGAAAAUUGGAACAUUUAAUUUAUAACACGUAGAUUUUGAGACUAGUGAAGAUGUCGAAAUACACUCUGCGUUCAAUAAUAUGCAUCUGCAGGAAGAUUUUGUUCGUGGUAUUUACCCUUACGGUAAGUCUCUUAAUUGUUAAGAUUUGUGUAUACUAUUUGCCUAUACAUUACUAAUAUUGUGUUAUUUCAAUGAGGUUUUUUAUAGGUUUUGAACGCCCAUCGGCUAAACAGCAAAGAGCUAUCAAACCGAUGAUCAAAGGACAUGAUGUCAUAGGUCAAGUUCAGUCUGGUACAAGUAAGACUGCGACAUUUUUAAUUGCUAUGCUGCAAUCCAUUGACACUCAAUUAAGAGAUAAAAAGUUUUAUGCACAGAACUUGCUGUACAAAUCCAAAAGGUAUUAUUGGAAUUUUUAAUGCAUCUGAUGAGGAAUAGAAAUAGUUACAUUAAGAAGCAUUUGUCUACAAAACUAGGAAGUUCAAUGCAAUAUCUGUAAUAUUUAUAAAAACUUAUAAAUCAUAAAUAAUUUUAUUGAUUGUGUAGGUGGUUUUGGCUUUG